AUGAUACUAUCAAUUGUGUUUUGCAUUGGUUUGCUAUCUUUUUCAAUUAUUCAAACAACAACUGGAUGUGAUGUCAUUGUACGUGUAAAAUCACUUACUCAAAUACCAUUUCAAGCACAAAUUACUGCUCCAAAUGGUAAAAGUAGUGAAAGGAAACUUUUAAAAAAAACCGAACGGUUAAUCUUUCAAGAAAAAGCAGACGAAUGUGGCUUGGGACCAUUUCAAAUAAAAACAUUUUCGGAAGGAGGCGUUAGUAAAAAAGAGGAAAAAGUAGAGGUAACAUUGAAUGGGAUCGGUGCAGUGAACUAUGAAGUUGGAGAUGAUCUAAUACCGAAACAGGUAUUUCGACAAGGAAUCAGAUGUGAGGGACAAUGUGCGCCGUUAGGCGUUCCUCAACAACAUAAGGCAAAUGCAACUAUGAAAGUAUAA